CGAUUGCAUUUUUAUUUAAGAAAAUAACCGUAUACAAAAUCCAAAGUGAAACACCCUAAUAAAAAAGGAUUAUAAGGCUGUGACGGAGAAUGCCGCUUUCGAAUCAAACAAACAAAUCGGAAAUCUCAUCAUCGCCGAUUUUUCUUCCUCGUCAUAACCAUGGAUUUUGAAACAUAUGAGAAUGUUUAAUGGCAUAAACCUGACAAAGAAAAAGAAGUCAAGGUUAUAUAUAUAUAUAUAUAUUAUUAUGGAGCUUGAUUUGAAUCACGAGCCUUUGGACCAAAUUAGUACUUCAGUAGUUGAAUUUGAUUCUGUAUUGGAAGAGCUAGAAUCCGCGGAGGUACAUAUACGAAACCGAAUCAGACACCUUGAAGCCAUAACUUCCAGAGCGAGGCAGCAUCAGAGGUUGCCGCAGACGCGCUCUCAGAUUCAGAUAACCAACUUUACAGGAGAAGUAGGAACACCAGAUGACGAGGAAGGUGGUGAAGAAGGAAGGGAGCAUCACCGUGUUGAGGAAGGAAUAGUUGAAAGUGGGAAAGGGGCAAAAAGGAAAAGUGCUCAUUUAGUCGCUAAAGCUUUAGGGAUGGAAGAGAUGGAUGAUGGUAAGGUGGAGGAAGAGAGCACUGGAAAUUUUUUUGAUUGUAAUAUAUGUCUGGACAAUGCAAGAGAUCCUGUUUUGACAUGCUGUGGUCACUUGUUUUGUUGGCCAUGUUUCUAUCAGUUAUCAUAUGCUUAUUCAAAAGCAAAGGAAUGUCCUGUUUGUAAAGGAGAAGUCACUGAAACAGGCAUUAUUCCGAUUUAUGGGAAUGGAAGUGCCGGCGGUGAUUGUCAGUUGGAAAUGGAAGAAGCCGGUUUGAGAGUUCCUCCCCGACCUAGGGCACCUAGAGUUCAGAGUAUUAGACAAAAGUUCAUAAGCCAAGGAUCAUCUUCUUCAUCUGUUGUCCAAAGAAUUCGACGGUUUCAGUUUCAUAACCAUAUUGGUGGAUUUGCUGAGCAAGUUCAGUUAGAAAGCAUCAAUGCUACAAUAGAGAGAAAUAAUGCUUUGCUCAUUCAAUCUCGCAUGCAGAUAGAAAAUAAUCAACAUUCUGGUUCUCAUCAGGCUUCAAGGUUGCCGGUGCAAGAAGAUCCUUCAUUUUCCUCCCUUUCAUCAGCUUUGGACACUGCAAUAGAGACUGUAGAAAGAUUAGUUCAGGGCCUUGAAUCAUAUAUCAAUGGUCACCAAAUAGGAGGAAGCAUACAGUUAAAUCCUCGUCCUGUUAGUAGAAAUUCAACUUUUAGUGUUGCUGAUACAAACCGGUCAGAGAUUCAUGAUCAAGAAGUUGCUGCUGUGACCAAUUCUGUAGCUUCAGCAGCUUCUGUGUCUCCUUUAAAUAGGAAUGUGGACAAUAUGGCUGUUAUAGGUUCAGAAAUUCAGACAACCGAUAGAAACGUACAGAUUAGUCCAUUAGACCCUUCGUCAUCGAAUGGUAGAAGAAGAAAUGGUGUUUCAAGCGAACCAAGAAGAAGAAGAAGAUUGAGAUGAUGGUCUUUUAUGUAAGUGGACAUGCCAUUAUAUUCAUCAAAGGUUCCUCGUUUACAUGUAUACUACAAUUUGUUUGUAAUACACAAUUUUCAUCUCUGUCUAAAACAAAUAUAUUAUCUUAGUAUUGUAUAAAUUGCAACAGUAUGUUAUUAUUACACUUCAGUCAGUA